UUCUAUAAAUGAUAAAAUAAGAUCACAUCCGACAAUGUCACUCUUUGCCCAGAAAACAAUCCUCUUCACUAUUCAACGACACGCUUCUACCAGUCCUUCCUCAUCUUCCGUUUGCAGCGGUCGCGGUAGAAAAAAGAGGAAACUAUUUAACUACUACGGAGUUAAUGAGAGAAUUAUUAACUUACCUGUUAUUGGGACGUCUUCUUUUAGUCGGCACCAGAAUCUCGUGUCGAGGAGGAAUUUCCACUCAAAAGUUGCGCUCAGUGAGGGAGACGUGAGCCGAACAACUUUCUCGUUCUCGGAAAGGAAAGUGCGCUUUCACCAGAAUUUGGUGGUGCCAAUUAGUGGAGCCUGUUCACUAACUGAGAGUGAAGUUUAUUAUUUUAAACCAUUUAUGAGUUUAUUUGCCCGACUCUUUGAACGAUUGAAGGAAGGAAGGAUGGCGUCCAUGCUACUCCCAAUAAUUGGAAGUCCUCCAGAUUCUUCGGGGGGGAUGAUGAUGGCGUCAUCACCCAUGGACGACUUUAGUGCCCUGACGGGUCCGUCCGCUUUCUCGGCGUCGGACACGGAUCGGGACAAUAAUGAGGAAGAGGAUAGAAGAAUCAUGUUGCAAAAUAGACGCUUCACUUUAAGGAGAAAGUUGUCAACUUCGUUUGACGAUCCACAAACGUCCAUGAUUUUGGGAGUUGUGGCACAAAAAGUUCGAGAGGAUGGGGAGAAGGGAAAGGGGGUGAAUAUAAUUAAGGCAAAGGAGGGUGCGGACACGGUGGGGGGUGCGUGGUUGGAGGAACAUUUUAGAAAAUUUAGUACCGUGCGAAUUAGUGAGUGCUCGGAGGGGGACGCGGAUGACGAUAAGUGGUCGGUGGGGAGCAGUGGGAGUAGCGGAAGUGGGGGCGGUGGUGGUGGAAAAAGGAUUCGUGACGAUAUUUUCAAACUAUUGGAGAAAGUUAUUGAAUUUAAAGGGAGGAAUGUGAGCCAUAUUACGGUUGAGCAAUGCGUCAAAGACUUGUGUACCGUUUACAAUGACACGGAAGAGGCUGAUAAACUCAAGUUUUUCAACAUCUUGGGAGCUAGCUAUGGAGUUGACCACUUGUCCAUUGUCUCCUUAGCAAAUAGCCUCAGCACCUGCCAGGAUGAACAGACGAAAUUAAACUUAGAGGAAAAAUUAAGAACAGCUCUAAUUCCAAAGUAUCAGUGGCUUUUCUCACAAGUUGGACGACUUGAUAAUGGGGUGAAAUUCUUAGUUGACCUAAGGACCGAUGUACUUGAAGCAAUUGAAAAAUCAACGGAGAGUACAACGCUCCUUAAGCCAUUGAAUAACUGCCUGAAAGAGCUCAUUGGGGUGUGGUUUGCUGUCGGGUUUCUAAAACUGGAGCGAGUAACAUGGAGUUCUCCGUGCGAAAUGCUGCAAAAAAUAAGCGAAUAUGAAGCUGUUCACCCAAUGAGAAAUUGGACGGAUCUAAAGAAACGAGUCGGAUCAAAUAGGAGAUGCUUUGUCUUUACGCAUGGAAGUAUGCCCUCUGAACCUGUCGUCGUCCUGCAUACCGCUUUGACGAAUAAUAUCCCGAGCAGCAUCCACAAGAUUGUAACCAAGAAAAGGCUAGCCUCGCUGGAUACUGAGAAUGACAUGAUGGUUGCAGAGGAAGUUGAGGAUCAUGACUUUAUUAAUACAGCAAUUUUCUAUUCAAUCACCUCAACUCAAAAAGGCCUAACAGGAAUAGAAUUGGGAAACUACUUGAUCAAAAAAGUUGUUCGAGAAUUGCAAAUUGAAUUUCCUAAAAUGCACCAGUUUUCAAGCCUUUCUCCAAUUCCUGGAUUUACAAAAUGGUUGAUCGGAUCAUUAAAAACGGCUCAAAGAAAUCCGGAUAAUCAACAACUCCUUUCUUCCGGUGAAAUACAACAGUUGUCUCCAGUAUUCAAGUCCAAAUAUUCCAACAAAGACUUCUUUGAUGCCUUUCUGGAUUCUAUGAAAUUAAACGCGUGGUAUUCCGACAACGAAUUAUCAACACUACUAGAAGCUCCACUGAUGAGACUUUGUGCUCAAUAUUUGUACUUGGUCAAGCGUCGAGGAUAUGCUUUAGAUCCUGUCGCCCAUUUUCACUUGAAAAACGGAGCCGUACUUUGGAGAAUAAAUUUCAACGGCGACGUUUCGCCUAGAGGCUUAACAAACUCGUGCGGAAUGAUGGUGAAUUACAGAUACUUUUUGGAUGACUGUGAGAACAAUAGUCAAAAUUACCUUGAAGAGCAGAUUAUUCAAAUAUCUGACCAAGUGAGAGCUCUCGUUAAACAAAACGAACUAUUAUUUAAUAGCAAUCUGUGAAUUAUGGUUCUAUAAUCGUAUACUACUUCAUUCUCUCCAUGCUUUAAAUACAUACAUGUAUUUCAUAUUUUGUUCCGAUAGUCAGGCGUUUGUGAAAAUCUUGUACCUUUUUGAUAAUGACUUGAGAUUUAUAUUGACAUUAUUAAUAUGUUAUUAUUGGUAAAAGCACUGAAAAUACUUUCCUAGCCAAUUCUAGUCAACAUUUUAAUCUAUAGUUUAUUUAAGACACAAAAAUAGGUUACAGUACAUUAAUAACUUUAACCGCAUCGAAAUGCGCAAAAAUGUCAUUCGUUUUCAGAGGACAAAUAAAGUACCUCUCCAUACA